CAGUGUGUCUGGUCAUGUGACCUGCAGCGCCGACGUUGUUUCGCUUUGCAGGCAGGAGCACCGAAGUGUCAAAAUGAAUUCAUUUUAUUACAGCUAGACGAUUGCCAGAGCCACGACAGUCCAGUCGCCGAAUCGACCAAUGCGGAUGGGUUUGUUAGUCAACAAUUUUAUCUACAAAUGUGACUCGGGUUAACUAUAUAGUGAUAAACGACAACUCGCAGGCCUCUGUAGUUCCAGCCGACAGGAGCAACAGUGGGCCACGGACCGAGGUUGUGUUGAUGAGACGAAGGGAGGGCUGCAUCAUGGAAGUUGUGCUCUCUGCCACCCAGGGUUCGGUUCGUACAGAAUGUGAUGAAUCGCAAUAGAAUUCUAGAUAUCCACCAAGUCGAACCAUGAACUAGUUUACAUGUGGUGUGUCAACAACAGCUAACAUACUCGGACUGACAGAAUGAACGGCCCUCAGCAGAAUGACGCAAAGAGACAACACUUGCUGGAGCGGCUGCUUGACUCUGUCAAACAGUGCCAAAUCCGCUUUGGAGGAAGAAAGGAGAUCGCCUCAGAUUCCGACAGCAGGGUGAUCUGUUUGUGUGCCCAGUUUGAGGCUGUCCUCCAGCAUGGCCUGAGGAAGACCAGAGGCCUGGCUCUCACUGCUGCUGCCAUAAAGCAAGCCGCAGGCUUCACCAGCAAGACUGAAGCAGAGCUGACGUUCUGGUUCUAUGUGAAGGAGUAUCUGAACCGCCAUGAGCUGCAGCGGUUCUACUCCCUGAGACACAUCUCCUCUGAGUUGGGCCGCGGCCGAGCCUGGCUCCGCUGUGCCCUCAAUGAACACUCACUAGAGCGCUACCUACACACUCUGCUUGCAGACCGCAUGCGUCCCGGCACCUUCUAUGAAGACUGGGCGUUUAUUCUGGAUGAGGAGCGAGCCAGCAUGCUGCCCACCAUGGCUGCAGGACUGAACUCCAUCCUGUUUGCCAUCAACAUCGACAAUAAGGACCUAAAUGGUGUGAUCCGAGCAGGCUCCUCCUCUUCCGUGAGCCACCUCCUGAAGGAGUCCACCCAGGGCAUAGGGAGCUUAUGGAAGGAGUCGACCCAGGGGGUGAGCACUCUGCUCAGGGAGAUCAGCACCGCCACCACUGUGGUGCCAGGCUUCAUCCCCACCCACCGCCCUUACGGCUCCACAGACCCACUGCCUGUCCUGCCCCGCAGCGCCUCCGCAGACUCUGGCCUGAGGAAGGAGCGACGGAGGAAAAAGAAAAUCACCAACAUCAUCUCUUUCAAUGACGACCUGGAUGGGGGAGCAGAGGACGAGGAUGAGGAGGUGGGGGGGAGUACUGCCACUCUCAGGAAGAGCACCACUACUCCUCAGGUCAGUCUGGAGGAGGGCACUGACCCACUGGAGCCCUCCUCCUCCCUCUCGCCUCCCCAGAACGGGAUGCCCGAGCCUGGGAUAGUCAGCUGGGCCGGGUCUCCUCCUUUCUCCAGGGCUCUGCCAGACUCCAAGAUUAUUGAUAAUGAUGAGGAAGAGGAGGUGUACAAGAGCAGACCACAGCUACAGAGCCCCCUCCAUGACAGGGCCAGCACUAACCAAGUGGUGGUGGGGAGCCUAUCCAGUGUGUCCACGUGUAGCCCUCUGCAGGCCAUGACUGAUCAUGACAGUUCAAACAUCCUCAUUCCUGUGGCCUCCAGCCACUCCUACUCUCAGCCAGUCGGUUCAGUGGAGGAUACGGUUGCAUUUCCUGUACAGACAGAUUCCACAGGCAACCACGAGACAACCAGAACCCAGCUGCAGUUCAACUUGGAGGCCAGCCCGCCGGGCCAGAAUGCACCUCUCUCCAGUGUCCUUUCCAGUGCCACCCCCGGUCUACCAGAGUCCAUGACAGUGGUGGAGCUCCACCAGGCCAUAGUAGCCAUGAUGAACAGGAAGGAUGAGCUGGAUGAACACAACACGUCCCUGCGUAGCCUGCUGGAUGGGGAGAUGGAGCACUCUGCUGGGCUGAGGCAGGAGACAGACGCCCUGAGGAGACGCCUGGAUGAGCUGGAGGAGAGACACACAGCCAAGGUGCAGGCUCUGGGCAGAGAGAACGAGGUCCUCAAGGUCCAGCUGAAGAAAUACGUGGGGGCUGUUCAGAUGCUGAAGAGAGAGGGGAGCCAGGGCAAUGACACCGCUCUCCCCAUGGUGAGGAACUGUGAUGGUUCUACUCUGGCCCCUCAGAGCAGGUCUAUGGGGGAUGUGGAGGAGCUGGCUGCCAGCUACGAACGCAAACUCAUAGAGGUGGCUGAGAUGCAUGGCGAGUUGAUAGAGUUCAAUGAGCGUCUGUACCGUUCUAUGAUGGCCAAGGACAACCUCAUCAUCCAGAUGAAACAGGAACUCAUCGACCUCAGAGGACCAGUUCCUGGUGACCUGAGCCAGACUUCUGACGACCCCAGCCUAUCAGAUUUUGAGACGGCUCACCGUGCUCUAAUCAAUGUCUGGAUUCCCUCUGUGUUUCUGCAAGGCCGCGCUGCCAACGCUUACCAUGUAUACCAGAUCUAUCCCCUGCUUUCGACGCCCUGAACCAUCAGAUCCUCUUCUCCACCCUUUCAGGGUUGGGCGACUCAGGCUUUGCACACUCUUGGAUUGCAUCCUACCUGGCAUGCCGCUCCUACCAGGUGACAUGGAGAGGAUCUGUGUCUGCACCACAUGCUCUCAAUACUGGUGUCCCCAGGACUCGGUUCUAGGCCCCCUUCUGACACCCAGGCGGCGGCACGCAUCUCUGCGUGCCUUGCAGAUGUCUCAGCUAGAUGUUGGCCCACCACCUCAAGCUCAACCUCGACCAGACAGAGCUGCUCUUCCUCCCGGUGAAGGGCUGCCCGCUCCCAAGAUCUCUCCAUCACGGUUGACAACUCCACGGUGUCCCCCUCCCAAAGUGCAAAGGGCCUUGCGUGACCCUGGACAUCACCUUGUUGUUCUCUGCAAACAUCAAAGCAGUAACUCACUCCUGCAAGUUCAUGCUCUACAUCGUCCGUAGUGUACGACCAUACCUCACACACAGGAAGUGGCGCAGGUCCUAAUCCAAGCACUUGUCAUCUCCCGUUUGGACUACUGCAACUCGCUGUUGGCUGGGCUCCCUGCUUGUGCCAUCAAGCUCCUGCAAUUUAUCAACCUUUCCAAGUUCUCCCAUGUCACCCUGCUCCACCGCACACUCCACUGGCUUCCAGUCAAAGCUCACAUCCACUUCAAGACCAUGGUACUUGCCUACGGAGCAGCAAGAGGAACUGCCUCUCCCUACCUUUAGGCUAUGUUCAAACCCUACACCCCAACUCCAGUACGGCCAGCUGUGGUCUCUUAGCCCUCCCACCCCUAUGGGAGGGCAGCGCCCACUCAGCCCAAAGCUUUUCUCUGACCUGACACCCCAAUGGUGGAACACGUGUCCCCCUGAAGCUAGUACAGCAGAGUCCCUGCCUAUCUUUCGAAAAGGUCUGAAACCCUACUUCUUCAAAGAGUAUCUUAAAUAAUAUUUAUUUUGUUAACCAACACACGCACUUGACCCCACACACUCACCACUAGCACUGACUUUGCUGAUUGCUAUUUUGAAGAAAAAUGUACUUCCUAUGACAGAAGUGGUUGUCCCACCUAGCUAUCUUAAGAUGAAUGCACUAAUGGUAUGUUGCUCUGGAUAGGAGCGUCUGCUAAAUUACUUAAAUGUAAGUGGGAUGUGGGGGGUUUUGAUAUCCACCAUUGUUCCUGUACCCAAGAAAUCGAAGGUAAAUUAACUAAAUGACUGUCACCCAGUAGCGCUCACUUCUAUCAUCAGAGGAGCUAGUUAAGGAUCAUUUGACCUUUUUUUAAAUUUAACUAGGCAAGUCAGGUAAGAACAAAUUCUUAUUUACAAUGAUGACCUAUGAACAGUGGGUUAACUGUCU